CUUUCUAUUGUAGGUAUUCUGAGUUGCUCUUUGCAUUAACUUGUUGAUAUGUGUUCAUGAACUUGCAAUUGAAGGCAGUUGAUAACUUGUCACAAUUAAUGCUUAUCACUGAAUGAAGUGCCCAUUUUGAUACUUCAGUUUGAUCCUAUUAUUUUACUAUUUAUAUAUUCUUAUUAAAAAUUUCGUCCUCUUCUCUUAAUAUUAUACAUUUACAUAAGACAUUUUGUGUACUAUAUUUAUUAAACAAUUAUUGUUUUUGGCUAGUGUUGAUAGGAUUAAAACUAACAAGUAAUGAACCAUCCUAUUAAAGACAUGUCUAAGUUUCAUCAAAUUUUACUAAAAGCAAAUAAGGUGUUGGUUUUAUCUGGGGCUGGAAUUUCUGCAGAAUCUGGAAUUCCUACAUUUCGUGGAUCAGGAGGACUUUGGAGAACAUACAGAUCUCAAGAGUUAGCAACACCUGGAGCUUUUAAAAAAUCUCCUUCCCUGGUUUGGGAAUUCUAUCAUUACCGCCGAGAACUUGUUUUGACAAAGCAACCCAACAAAGCUCAUGUAGCAAUUGCCUCUGCUGAGAAAAAAUUAGCUGAAUGUGGGAAAAAACUAACUGUGGUAACACAGAAUGUUGAUGGACUACAUAGACGAGCUGGUUCUAAUAAUGUAAUUGAAUUACAUGGAAAUCUUUUUAAAACACGUUGCACUAAAUGUUCUCAAAUAUCAGAUAAUACAGACUCACCAAUCACACCAGCUUUUAAAAAUAGAGGUUUCAGGUUUGCUAACUGGGGAAGUGACUAUAAAUGGACCAGCUUAAUGAAAUCUGCUCAUCCAUCAAGCCUUUAUUGUAAUCAAACACUGCUUAGAAACUAUAGUACAUCAAAUGCACCUCCUACGAGUAAUGGAGUAAAACAUGGAACUGAAGCUUCACAAAACCCUGAGAAGCAUACUCUUUCAUUGAAAGAUAAACUGAAGAUUGCUGUGAGAGAUUAUGGAUCAACAGUUAUUGUUUUUCAUAUUACUCAUUCAUUAACUCUGCUUGGAAUUAUAUAUGUUGCUAUUUCCAGCGGUUUGGAUGUGAAGUGGUUACUUCUGAAAAUUGGAUUGGGAGAAUCAAAUGUUGCUGCUGGAGCAAGUACCUUUGUUGUGGCAUAUGCUGUAAAUAAAGUUCUUGCACCUAUAAGAAUUAGCAUAACCUUAACUGGCACACCAUUUAUAGUCAGAUACCUAAGAAAAUUAGGAUUUCUGAAACCUCCAAGUUCCUCUUAAAUUAUUAAUAUAUAUAUAUAUAUAUUAAAUUUUAAUGUCAAUUUAAUAUGUAUUUCUAUAACUUGGGGUGAAUUAUUUUGAAUAAAUUCUUUCAAGUUUCGUUUUUUAUACUUAAACUCAUUUGUUUCACUUAUUACUGCAAUAACUUAAUUGAAUUUUGUUAUGUUGAUGUUAAAUUAUCAAAUGGAAAUGAAGUAAUAUUUAGUAUAUUAUUUACAAUUAUUCAUAUGUAUCACUAGCGGAUCCAGGAUUUAAUUUUGGGAGGGGCUUCAGCCCGAAGGAUUUUUUUUUCAUAUAUAUAACAACAAUUAAUUUGAAAAAAAAAUGAAAGAAACUAACUAUUCAUAUGACAUGGUGUCUUAAUGAUUCUUGAAGUCUUAUUAAAUAUAAUUAUACGAACAAUAAUACUUUAAGAGAUAGUUUUUAAUAUUUUUUUCUAUAAAACAUAUUUAUAUUUUACCAUUUUAGGGGAACCCCCGUAGAUCCGCCUGUGAUAUGUAUCUACUAUUUUAGCCCAAGUAUUUUAUUUUUAAGUUUAUGACAUAUCAAUAUCCCUAUAGAAGGUUCUGACUUUAAAACUUCCUUGUUUUCUUCUUUAUUAUUUAUCUCAUCACAUCACAUUUUGGGAUUAUUAGCCCAUCUUCAGAACAUUACUAUUCUAAAAUUUAUCGCAAUUGCAUUUUUAGUUUUCUGAUUGUAUUUUAACUUGCAGAUAUAUUUUUUUAUUAUAAAUAAGAUAUAUUUAUCUUGUCAAUGUUUAGGCACUGAUGGUUUUGACAUUAUUUCAUCACUAAAUUCAACUACAUUAUUAUUAUUAUUUAUUUGUUACACAGAUGAAAUGGUAGUUGAUGACCAAAUUUGGUCAUAUAUAUUACAAUCAUAUAUAUAUUCAAAAUUAUUUUAUAUGAGUGAAUUUCAAAACAGUACUCACAGUUCCCAACAAUAAUUUCUGUUGGAUAUUGUCAUAUAAGUCCAGUACCCACAAAGAAGAUUCCUCUAGUAUUAGCCCAUUGCAUGAAAUAACCAAUAGUAGAAUAUUUCUUUCCUUUAACUCAUUUAAUUGUUUCUAUUCUUCUCCUAAUUCUGCAUAUUUAUUUUUUUUUUGCCACUACCUUGUGUAGAUUAUCGUCUGAUGGAACUCGAAUCUCUAUAAUAAAUUUUAUUUUCUUUCCUUUAUCUAUUAUUAUUGCUAUUUUAUAAGGGAAAUUGCUACUUCUAGUAACAGAACAUUACUCAGACCUAAGCAAGGGUAAGGCUAGAUAAAUGUAUUCUUUAAUGUUAAUACAUUUUCUGACAAUGCUUGUAGUAUUGCAGAGUAACACUGCUUUCUGCAUUUGUUCUAAACUAUUAACUAUUCAUAGAAAGGUCCAAGUCGUACAUAGAGUUUACCAUUGUGUCCAGGAUCAAACCAUUUACAGAAAUGACAAAUGACAAAACCCUCUCUCUAUCAAGUCUGUACAACUGUUUCAGUUUCUCACCAAGAUCUUUGUGAUUGUUC